UUAGCUCUUCUUCCUCCAGCAUUAGGGCCGAACAGUGAGGUGUCAGCGAGCGCAUCCGGACACAGGACAGCAGAAGCAGCUAUGGCCCUGCUCGAUCUCGCCCUGCAAGGCUUCGCCAUCUUCGGCUUCCUCUUAUUCCUCGUCCUCUGGCUCAUGCACCUCGUGUCCAUCAUCUACGUCCGUCUGCAUCUCAACAAGAAGACCCCAGACAAGGUGCCAUACAGCAAACUAGCUGGUGUUUCGCUGCUGAAGCCACUCAAGGGUGUGGACCCCAAUCUAAUAAACAAUCUCGAGACAUUUUUUGAACUGGACUAUCCCAAGUAUGAAAUCCUGCUCUGUGUUCAAGACCACGACGAUCCAGCCAUCGAUGUAUGUAAAAAGCUGCUGGGCAAAUAUCCCAAUGUCGAUGCCAGGUUAUUUAUAGGUGGUAAGAAAGUUGGCAUCAACCCAAAAAUAAAUAACCUCAUGCCAGCUUAUGAAGGGGCAAGGUACGAGCUCGUCUGGAUCUGUGACAGUGGCAUUCGAGUGAAGCCAGACACUCUUACUGAUAUGGCUAAUCAGAUGACGGAGAAGGUGGGACUGGUUCAUGGUCUUCCAUACGUGGCAGACAGACAAGGAUUUGCCGCUACAUUGGAGCAGGUUUAUUUUGGAACGUCACAUCCUCGUUCCUACAUCUCCGCCAAUGUAACAGGAAUCAAGUGCGUCACGGGGAUGUCGUGUCUCAUGAGGAAGGACAUCCUGGACCAAGCCGGCGGCCUGAUUGCUUUUGCUCAGUACAUCGCUGAAGAUUACUUCAUGGCCAAGGCCAUCGCAGACAGAGGAUGGAAAUUUUCCAUGGCGACACAGGUAGCCAUGCAGAAUUCAGGCUCAUACUCCAUCGCACAAUUCCAGUCUCGCAUGAUCAGAUGGGCCAAGCUGAGAAUCAACAUGCUGCCAGGCACCAUCAUCGAGCCCAUCUCGGAGUGCUUUGUGGCGAGUCUUAUCAUCGGCUGGGCCGCUCAUCAUGUGUUCCGCUGGGACAUCAUGGUGUUUUUCCUGUGCCACUGCCUCGCCUGGUUCAUUUCAGAUUAUAUCCAGCUCAGAGGAGUACAGGGCGGCCCUCCAUCCUUCUCCAAGCUGGACUACGCAGUGGCCUGGUUCAUCAGGGAGUCCAUGACUAUUCAGAUUUUCCUGUCUGCUCUUUGGGAUCCCACCAUUAGCUGGAGGGCCGGACGUUACCGCUUGCGUUGCGGAGGUACAGCAGAGGAAAUCCUGGAUGUUUAAACGGCACCGUGUGCCAAGGACUAUGCACUGCAAGACCACAAGGUCGCAGAUGGACAAAUGAACUGCAAACAUUUAUUGUUUGUUUUGGGUUUUAUUCCAACUUAUAGUUUUUAACCUGUGACUUUAGCUCAAUAGAUUAUUUAUGUCCUUGGUGCUUUUUUUUCUAUUUGUUUUCCUGUGAGGUCUCUUGAUGAUUUGAGACCUUGUUCUAGAUGAGCCAAAAUUAAUGAAGGGGCAAAGAAGAGAGAACUUUUGAGGAUGAGGCGGCACUUCAGUGGUCAUCAAAACCCUGAUGAAAAAUAUCAACUUUUUUCUUUUCUUUUUUUCUUUUUUUUUUAUAGGUCCUUGUAACAUGUGUAGUGGUGAUUGAAUAUGUGUCCAACACAUCCAUUUUAUCAUACGUUUGGAUGAAUGGUACAGUUUUUAAAUGAUAUAGUGGGGUGUAGAAGUCACUUGCGUAUGAAUGGAUCACAUGCCUAUCACAGUGUUGCUCUGAACAUACAGCACUCUUGCCAUAUUUUAUACAUUUUUGGACCUCUGAAUGCUCAAAAACGGAUCCCCUCAGGUCCAUUUUAUGUUUACCGGACAGCAAUAUCUUCUGAGGUGAUGCAUAGGGAAUUUUGGCAGAGCUUUGUAUAUGGAUACUGUGGAUCUAUCCAGAAAACGACGCAACACUUGUAUAUGCUUGCACAGUUUUUGCAGCCACCCUGCAGUAUUCAAGGCCUAGGUUAAACCUCGUUGUGAUACCUGCAGAUUUAAUCUCAUAUCUUAUGAAAUGUAGUGCCAUUUGAGGAGUGAACGUUUUUAUUGUUAUAGUUUUGCUUUUCUCCAAGGCCUUCGUCAUCUCCCCUGCUUCAUUCAUUCAUUCAUUCAUUCUCUGCACUGGUUGCUUUUGUACCAGGUUCAGGGUCUGCUUAAACAUUUCCUCCAUGCUGCUGCUUGUUUAAGAAGCUCUGUCAGUAUUUUCCUGCAAAAGUUUGACUGGAUAUAUAUAAAUGCUUACCUCCAAAUUGUCCAAACAUUUCAUCCGACACCAUUUCAGAACCAAUUUCUGCUUGUCAUGAAGAGUUUGUGAAGUUUUCUUUAUAUACACUCAGUUUUUUUGAGUUAAAGCACAAAAUGAUUUUAGAAAGUGCUAUGUUUACGCUCUGAAACAUUUCAGACCUCACAGUCACACCAUGUGCUUUUUGGCUUCUCAAUUUCCCCAUUUACAUAAUCCAACUUUGCCAUCAGUCAAACAGUAUUCACGAAACAAUUGACAUUCUUCUCUGUAUUCCUUUUUUUUGUUGUUGAUGUUCGAGGAACUGCUAGUUUCUGUUUUCUACUGCCAGCACUUGUCGUUAAACCGCUUCUUCUGCAUUUUCCUCAUUUUUUUGAGUCUCUCUUGCCCGCCUUCUUGAGCUGAUCAUUAAGUACCCGUGUCAGCACUGGCAGUAUUGUUUUUACACAAUUCACUUGGGUAGUUCAACUCUUAUUCAAAAACAAACACAAGUGAAGUACAGUACGUAUGUCUUUAUAGUCCCAACAGCUGCCAUUUAUGAAGUACACUGUUUUAACCCAAUGCCAAACCCUCCAUUGUUAAUGUUUUUUUGGUGUUGAUUUCUUCUAAUUUGAACACAUCUGACUUUUGGGCUCACUAUUGGAAAUAAACUUGUGUUUUGUGCAUGA